AAUCAUCAAAAUCAAAGCCCCUGGCACCCCUUUCCACCUCUCUCCACUCGUCAUUGGUUUUUCCGUCUCCUCUCAUUUGAUUACACUUUUUCCAUUUUUUUCAGUCUCUCUCUCUCUCUUUUUUUCCACCUAAAAUUUUAUUACAAUAAAUCCUCUAAAAUUAUCUGUUUUUCACAUUGAUAAUCUUCUCUUCUCGAUAUAUCCGCUUCGGGUUUGAGAGAGAAGAGAUAAAGAACAUAGAGAAAAAGAGGGUAAAAUGGCGCAUAGAGUAGAUCACGAGUACGAUUACCUUUUCAAGAUCGUGUUGAUAGGCGAUUCUGGAGUUGGAAAAACGAAUAUUCUCUCUAGGUUCACCAGAAACGAGUUUUGUUUGGAAUCUAAAUCCACUAUCGGCGUCGAGUUCGCUACUAGAACCCUCCAGGUAGAGGGAAAGACUGUCAAGGCACAGAUUUGGGAUACGGCAGGUCAGGAAAGAUAUCGAGCCAUCACCAGUGCUUACUACAGAGGGGCUGUUGGUGCACUUAUGGUCUAUGACAUAACGAAGAGGCAAACCUUUGAUAAUGUUCAAAGGUGGCUUCGUGAAUUGAGGGACCAUGCAGAUUCUAACAUUGUCAUCAUGAUGGCUGGAAAUAAAUCCGACUUGAAUCAUCUCAGAGCUGUUACCGAGGAGGAUGGUCAAGCUCUGGCUGAGAGGGAAGGUCUUUCAUUUCUUGAGACAUCAGCGCUGGAAGCAACCAACAUUGAGAAGGCAUUCCAAACUAUAUUGACUGAGAUCUACCAUAUCAUAAGCAAAAAGGCAUUGGCAGCCCAGGAAGCAGCUGCUAGUACCGCAAUUCCCGGCCAAGGAACUACCAUUAAUGUCACUGAUACAUCAGGAAACACUAAGAGAGGAUGCUGUUCUACUUAGAAAGGUAAUAGGUUACAUUUGAUGCUGUUCUACUUAAAAAGGUGAUAGGUUACAUUUGAGAAGGUAAAAAAUAUUUGCUAGGAAGUAGGCCCUUUUCAUGUUUUUGUCAAUUUUUGGCUGAGAGAGAGACAUGUAAAAUACAUAUAUAUAUUUUACUUGAAUUGUGAUAUGAAGCUUGUGAUGUUUUAAACAACCAUAAA